GCCGGACACGCCGCGUCGUCCGCACCGCUGCUCUGGUGAAACUCCGAAUCUCGCGCUGGGUAGCUGUACGUGUCAACGUCAUGGCUUGUUUACUCCAAGAGGGAUGAUCUCGGAAACUCAGCUGAAAAGUUCUUCACUGCCACGCGUGCAGUUUUAACUUCCGUGUGGACAAUUGCACGGGCCUGUGGAAACAGAAGGCUACUCAAUUGAACUGCACCUUCAAAUGACCAAAGUUCAUGCCUGCACCUAGGAGAAAUAUCGAGUAAGAUUCACAGACAGCAGCAUUGGAGCCUGCGACAACUGAUGACAUGUCUGGCUUUGUAUUGUCCAUUGAAGCGGAGUUGAACUUCAUUGUCAAAGAGUACCUUGACUAUCUGGGACUCCACAGUGUGUCGAAACACUUCGAAGAAGAAUGCCUGGCACACAGCAAGCCGAUCCAGGAGAGCUUUGCUUCGUAUAGAAACGAGCGGACACAGAAAGUGCAGAAGGAACUGCUGAGCUAUUUUGAUGAAGGCAAGCAGGCUCAAUUUUUUGCCAUUUGGGAUUCUGUUGUCUCAAGAAGCACAGCCAUCGAUGAGGCCAUAUGCCGUGACCUGGAGUUUCACCUGCGGUUGCACUUUGCCAUCUACCCACAGCGCUACCCAGAAAAAGCUAACCUUCAGGGCAGCGUCACUGUUGAAGGUGCUAUGUCCAACUUCCGUCAGUACAUAGAGUCCAUCAAGGCCCGCACUGAGGAUCCACUGGUGUACUUUGCCUUGCCUUAUGUCCAGAACCCAAGGCAGUUUCCUGUCUUCAAGCCAGUUUUUGAGGCAAGUACUACCAACACCUUUUUAACUACUUCAGUGUUUUACAGUGAAGUUGUCAUUGAAAGCUGGGUGGAUGAGCUCAAGACUAGGCUGGCGAAGUUUGUGCAAGAGUCUCUUUCAAUUCAGUACCAGCAACGAGCAAAGCCUCGCCUUAUGGAUCUUUAUACAUACGAGAAGACUUUCGGCGCUGUGAACAGAGAUUACAACAGUGUGAUGAGCAGCGUGCAGCUCUGGAUAAACAGAUUGAACCUACCGACCUUUCAUUCAUCUCUCUCUCUCUCCCCUCCCUUUCAGGAUGACUACAAGACACUUGUGUCUGUAACAACAGAACUGAUUACUGCCCUUGAAGCAACUGUCAGAGGAGAUCUGGUAAUCAUAUUUUACUGCCUGGUUUGCUCUUUUAGGCAUCUGUAUAAAGAAGCAAUGUCAGCCUGUCUGUGGCAUCUUCCUGGUCACUCUAGUUCUAAACAUACAGCAGAUAAGUCGCAGCAGUGCUGGCAUAGUAAUAUAAAACAAUGCUCAGGUUUGUCGUCCUGCAGUUGUGCAGAAGGCCAUUAUGAAAAUGUGUGCAGGCUAGACUUCUCUAAGAUCAAGCAAGACCUGUCGGAGGCGAGUGCCAGCACACGAGCUCUUCUACUGCAGGCACUUCGAUGGAAACUGACCAAGGCCUCUUCAGUCGAGGAAAGGGACUGUGUCCUGCUGGCAUAUGUUGACAACGAUCUGCUGGGCUUCUUUGAGCAGUCACCUGACUACUGUGUAAGCAAAAUCCAUGCUUGGAAGGAUUUUUUUCGCUGUACACUGUCAGAGUUUGGUCUCACUGACCCAAUCUUACCCAUCUUCCUGAUCUGCUGCUCACUAAUGGCAGCGCUUUGGGCACAGCGUUGUGUUAUCUCUCUCUUUUUUUCUUUCCAGAACCGUAUCUUACAUAUAGUUAAGUCACCAAACUCAGGGUUGCAGCAGAGCUUUGUGAGGUUCUUGAAUACACUGGCUGCUUUUCGAUCAGGGCGCAAUUACUUGGCCAAGAAUCUCCAGCUUGUUGCAGUGCUUACAGACACACUUGUUUUUGACCGAGUCACGAACCCUAGAACACUGGACAUGAUAUUGGGGGUACUUCAAAAGCUGAGCCUAAGACAUCAGCAGAAGGACAUUAUGAUCAGCCAUGGUAUCUUGGAGUGGGUGGUGCGCACCUUGCAAGAAAGUGAGGUGGUCGGGAUCUCAGAGUACGGCCUUGAAUACAUCACUGCACUCUUCAUGAACCUGUGCCUCCAGAAAUCAGGCAUGUUUCAUGCACCAUAUGGUCCUUCAUCCCCUUGGGUGAACUGGUGUGUCUAUCCUGGCUUUGCAGCAAAGCAGCACUGCAGGAAAAUGAGCACCUCUGUGAUUGACAUUGCCAAGAAGCUGCUUGAACAGAAGAAUGCAGAGAUUGUGCCUUACUUGAAUGGUGCACUGUACAGUCUGCUGUGCGAUUCGGAAUUCCGUAGCAUCGCUGUUCAAAUGGGACUGGAAGCAAGCUUGCAGAAAACAAAACUCCUCUCAUCGCCUGAUGUGCAACAUCAGGUGGACCAAGUUUGUGAGAGACUCCUUUCCUCAGAUGCAAAUGUCGAUGAUGGCAUUGUUGAUCCCCUGAGUGAGGACGACGAGGACGACGAGGAUUUACAGGAAGAGUCGGAGCCAGAGCCAGAACUCGACAUGGAUGACAUUGUGCAAGCAUUGCCCCACCAGAUGUACGGUGACCAGCUCUUGAAAGUAUUUUAUGAAGAAGAGAACCAGGACACUGUUUCACAACGAGCAUUGACAGUAUCAAGCAGGCUCGAAGAGUCUUCCCCUGACCAAUCCUUAGAAGAGACUACAGUGAACGCCCCAGAGACAUCCCAGUCUGAUGAAAUCGACUGCUCCCAGGCAACUCACACUGAAGCUGCCGAGUUUACAGCUCCCCCUGUUGAUGAACAAGCCUCCGAGUUGGUGAAGCAGCUAACGGGUGAAGAAAAGGUAGUCGUGGCAGCAGCUGGCCAGGCUGCCCCACACGGUGACAAAGCGAAUGGACUCAACAUGCAGGAGUACAGCGUAGCAUUCAGUUCGAGACCCAAGAUUCCACGCACACCCGAGCCCAGCGGUGGUGGCAGCUCAAGUAGAGUGGACUCCACACCGACCAGCUCGCAGUCCUUGCGUAGAAGCCCUGCCAGUACCCCAUCCAGAGGCAACACUUCCUCAGUCCGUCCAGCGUACAGCACAGAUCAAGAAUGAACAGCAUUCCUAGAAAGAAAUCCUGCUAACUGCGUUCCAGUUCCCCUCAAGAGAUAGAGAGAGCGAGAAAAAGGAACUCUAUUUUUAUCUUUAUGUUAAAUAUCUCCUGUUCAAUAAAGCUCGUGUACAAUUUAUU